CGCAAGUUCGACGAAUUACUCUCCUCGGUACCUCUAGCUCCUCCUGUUCCGGCAGUUCCCAUUUUCUCGACAGGCCCUCUCCAGCCCGCUCCUACUUCUGUUUCCGCAAUUAAUGUUGGACCAGAAGUGCCUGUUUCGGGCCCUUCUAGUUUCCUGGGCUCCUUUCAUAGCCUGUCCGGCUCCGCUGCUGCUCUUCCAAGCCUUCCUGUUUCAUCUCCAUUUGGUUGUCCAACUUUUGCCAGUGCACCAUUUCCUGGGCUUGCUUCGGUUUCCAAUACGGCAGCUGGGGCUACUGUGUCCGUAGUUAACACCACUCGGCCGCCACCAGAUAAUUCUCUUAUAGAUGGAGAAGAAGAAAGUGAAGAUGGGUCUCGUGGACUUCCUAUUCAUCACCAUCGGCUUCACAAACAUCAUCAUCUUUCUCAGCUAGAGACGGAACGGGUCGCCGAACCAGUGGCAGAGUGCUGGAAUGUCCUAAGACCUGGGUCUCAGAUAAAGAAUUUCACUACGGGCCAAACCAGUUCUGAGUCAGCUCGUACGUCAGAUCAAGAAAGUCGUCUUCUGAUUCAUUCGGAAGCUGAGCGAAAUAUUAAUCAGAGCAGGCGAAAUACUUCAAGUUCUAGUCCUACAGAGCAUGGUGUCCUUGCUAUCCGCCAGGACUGUAAGGGUCACCUUGGUGAUUCGAAAAUCAAUAUUGUAGGAGAUUCUGUGCCGAAAGGGGACAUAAGGCUUGAUUCCACCACCCAACACAAUGUGGAGCAGAGGGCUCCACGCGGCGUCAAAGGCCGAAGAAAGAUGAGCAAAGGCCGUUUUAAAGAGAAGCCAGUAGUAAUUUUAGACUCUAGCAUGACUAUGGAUAUGACAAAUAAAGUGAUGCCGCCAUCUCCAUAUCAGCCCGGCCCCCUUAGCCUGGUAGAAGUGGAACCACCCAUGCUCGAGGAAUCUUUACAUACCUCGGCAGAUGAGGAUCAGUCACAUAGUACCUCCAUUGCACGUACUGGUGUUGGAGAACGAGGCCAAAGGCUAGGAAAGUGGGUGAAGCGUGCAAAAUGGCUGAUGGCUGGUGGGCAACCUACAGAGGUUAAAGAUGAUAUCUCCAACAUUCCCUCUUUGUUGCCACCGGCCACACCGGCAUCGGUUUCAGUAUCGCAUACUAGGCAAAAGAAACGUCGUGGAUCAGGAGCUCGUGAGCUUAAAGGUCUUGUUACCUGGGCUGCCAUGAUGGCGGCAGGUUCCGCAGGUAAGUGUCUCUUAUUGCCUUCGUAUUUUGUCUAUUUUUAUCAUUGCUGA